GCAGCUCGGAGCCGCACCCAGAGCGCAAUGACAUCCUAUAGUGACGUCAGCAGUGAGGCUGUUGUUGAGAUUCCGGGGAGGCCGUGAGUCGGAGUUGUGGCGAAGGGAGAGCGGACUUGAAUUUUGCACCAUUGAACUGUUGAAAUUCGACGAGGAGCAGGAUGACACCACAGAUUUGGUUACUGGGAAUUAUAGGAAUUAUUUGUGGAUUGAGCCUUGGCGUUGGGGGAGCUACUUCAGACCCUGUUCCAAAUUGCAAUGCCAGUUCUAACGUAAAUUGUGCAGAAUGUCUGAGGAAUGUUUCGUGUUUAUGGUGCAAUUCCAACAAGAAAUGUAUUGACUACCCAGUGAAGAAGAUCCUGCCACCGAAAGAUGUAUGUCCAUUGUCUGAUGCACGAUGGGGAGUCUGCUGGGUGAACUUCGAAGCAUUGAUCAUUGCCAUGUCGGUAGUCGGGGGAAUUAUAAUCUUGUCCAUAUGUAUCUGUUGUUGCUGUUGCUGCUGCAGGAAGCGGAAGAGCAGCAGGAAUGAUGCUGCAGACCAGAAACUGGAAAGAGAAAGAGAACAGAGGAGAAUGCGGCAAGAAGAAAGGAAAAGCGAAAUGAAAAUUCGGCAUGAUGAGAUCAGGAAGAAAUAUGGUCUCUUCAAUGAACCAAAUUCUUACACCAGAUUUGAAAACAACUAAUGCAGUAAAGUGCAGACAGAUCUAUUCCAAAAGAUUCCAAACAAAGUGUUUCAAUACCGCAGUGUCUUUUAUAUUCUGUACUUACUAACCUCUCCUGAAAGUUUAGAGGAAGUGUAAUCAAUCUAAGUUUACAGUUUUUAUUCACCAAGGGAAGAUUUUUUAAAAUUGUCAAAUUCUGGGCCAGAUCUUGUUUCAUCCUGUCAGCAGAAAUCUUAAUUCUGUUACUGGUAUUUUGCACUGGUAAUUACUGGUACCAACAGUGAAUUGAGUUUUGAAGAUGGACCAAUCUACUGGUGGCUGGUUUUCUGACUUCACUAAUACAAUUUAGCCUAUUUAGAAUGAUUUCAAAAUAUAAAUAGAAACAAAUUCUUUUGAUUUCCAGCAGAAUACCUACUUAAUUUUGGAGCCAAACUUGUGCCUUCUCCCUCUAUUCCAUUUUGUUACAGAGACUGGAUUAAAGACACUUUCUUUUUUAUUUUGUCUCCACUUGAUUUAUAUAAUGGGUUGAAUGAAGCCCUUUUUAUACCAACACUUGCAAACCAAAGAGUGAAGAAGUUGGAAAUGCUACGUUCCCAAAUGGUUUUGUGAAAAGGGAUGCAGCACAGAGUGGGGAGUGAAGCCUUUUAGUUUAAUAGAAAAUCACUUGUGCUCUUUGUGGUCAUGUUUGUAACUUUUACUAUUGCCUUGCACGCUGUAGACUGAUCAAUUGCAUAUUAAUAGCACAAAGUCCACUCGCGUUGCUUAUUGAGUGUGAAAAAAACUGCAAAGAAAAUUUUAACUGCUGGACUGUAUUCCAAAAUAUUAAAAUAAAGAACAAAACCAUUGA